UGGUGAAUGAGCGAACGAAUGAACGAACGAUGGCGCAUCAAAUCAACACAUCUGCGAUGCAAAUCGUCCAAAUUCAUCACUAUGCAGCACAUUUAAAUCUGUCUGAAGUUGACAAACUCUAUCAGGAUGAUGCUGUAUGGAUUAUUACAAGCAGUUUCAUCAUAUUCACUAUGCAUUCAGGCUUCGGUUUGCUUGAGUCUGGCAGUGUUUCUGCUAAAGACGAAGUGAACAUAAUGGUGAAGAACGUGGUGGACGUCGUAUUCGGUGGUCUCUCCUAUUGGAGUGUUGGGUACGGUCUCACCUACGGUGACUAUGGACCGUUUCGCAACAGCUUUAUCGGAUUCGGACGUUUCUUCUACGAUCCUACGAGGUGA